AUGAGCGAUUUAUAUUUCGCAGUGGUGUGUUCUUCAAACAUGAACAGAAGCAUGGAAGCCCAUGCUUUUCUUGUAAAGAAAGGAUUUAAAGUAAAAUCAUUUGGAACUGGGGAGAAAGUAAAACUUCCUGGUACUUCGGCUGAUCGACCUAAUUGUUACGAAUUUGGUGUUCCUUAUGAUGAUAUCUACAAAGAUUUAAUGGAGAAAGAUAAAUCAUAUUACACACAAAAUGGACUUUUGCAUAUGCUUGACCGAAAUCGUCGGAUUAAACCAAGCCCAGAGCGAUUUCAAGCAUCAAAUGAAAUUUUUGAUGUAAUCAUAACAUGCGAGGAAAGAGUUUAUGAUCAAGUCAUUGAAUGGUUUGUCUCCAGAAAAUCUAUUUGUAACCAGCCUGUCCAUAUAGUAAAUAUAGAUAUUCAAGAUAAUCAUGAAGAAGCUACAAUAGGUGCCUUUCUUAUUAGUGAUAUGGUUACUAAAAUGUCCCAAAGUGAUGAUUUAGACAAUGAUAUUGACGAGCUGUUGCAUGAUUUUGAAGCAAAAUGCAAUAGACCCAUAUUAAAUAGCAUAAUGUUUUAUUAA